GAGGAUUUUGAUUAGUGCCGCUCUCUUCCAGCAAGUAGCAAAAUUAAAUCAGUAGUAGAAGUUGGGUCCGAGUUAGUUGAAUGUGAAAAUUCAUUGUAGUAGGAAUUUUUGAAAACUGAAUAUAGUGUUAUAUACUAGAUGGCAAAAAGACAAAUCUGAAGUCAACAGAAAUUUAAAGUACUGUGAAUUUCGUUCGUAUGGUUUAUAGUGCAGUGAAGAGCUAAGGGAAAAUCUCCUCUAUUGGUGGUGCGAAUUAAAAGCGAUUUUGGUGUACCAAAAAAGUAGAGCUAAGCAGAAGAGAACGAAGCGAAUAAUAAAAAUUGUCCAAUUUGUCAGUAGAAAAAUCGGUUAAAAAUUGUAAAAGUGAACUGUAAAUAAAACAGAGGGACGUUCUGGUAAAAGUCGUUUAAUUGAAGGCAUACAAAUUGUUCUGCGCUCUGAUUAAUCCGUUUAACUUGUGAAAAAAUUAUUCACCGCCAUACCAUAACCCGAAUGAAAAUUAUAGAAGGUUCAAAUAUAUAUAUACAUACAGCAGCAAAAAUAAUCGAGCGUAGGGAAGGCAAAGUAUUUGGAUAAGAGCGACAUAAAAAACCAAAGACCGCAACACGAAAUCUUUGAUUGAAGCACAAGUAUUGGAACGCACAAAUUUUCAUUUAAAUCAACAUAUGAUAUUGUACCAAUAACUAUACUACAUCAAAGGAAACUGGGAUCGCUUUAAUUUACACUCGAUUAGAAGAGGAGACAAAACCGCACCCUUAAUUCAUCCUUCUUGUAUCGUCAGUGGAUAAAUCACUUAGGAGCUUCAAAAUAUUAAAAGGUAACACAAUUUUAUUGUAUCAAUUGCAAUAGCAACAUCGCCGAAAUGAAUGAAUUAGAUAGCUUAAGACAAGAAGCCGAAUCUCUUAAAAAUGCCAUACGAGAUGCACGUAAGGCUGCAUGUGACACAAGUUUAGUGCAAGCCGCUGCCACAUUGGAACCAAUAGGUCGUAUUCAGAUGCGCACUCGGCGUACUUUGCGAGGUCAUUUGGCAAAGAUCUACGCUAUGCAUUGGGGUAGUGAUUCGCGCAAUUUGGUUUCGGCAUCACAGGAUGGCAAAUUAAUCGUCUGGGAUUCACACACCACCAAUAAGGUGCACGCUAUACCUUUGCGGUCCUCUUGGGUGAUGACGUGCGCAUAUGCACCUUCGGGAAGUUAUGUCGCCUGUGGAGGCCUUGACAAUAUGUGUUCAAUCUACAACUUGAAGACGCGUGAGGGAAAUGUGCGCGUCUCUCGUGAGUUACCUGGCCAUGGUGGAUACUUGUCAUGCUGUCGUUUUCUGGAUGACAAUCAGAUUGUUACCAGCUCUGGCGAUAUGACUUGUGGCCUCUGGGACAUCGAGACAGGCCAACAAGUAACCUCAUUCUUAGGACAUACUGGCGAUGUAAUGGCGUUAUCUCUGGCGCCAGGAUGCAAAACUUUUGUGUCUGGUGCUUGUGAUGCUUCAGCAAAAUUAUGGGAUAUCCGUGAAGGUGUAUGUAAACAAACAUUUCCCGGACACGAAUCUGACAUCAACGCAGUAACAUUUUUCCCUAAUGGACAAGCAUUUGCAACAGGUUCUGAUGAUGCCACGUGCCGCCUUUUCGAUAUUCGCGCAGACCAGGAGUUGGCAAUGUAUUCGCACGACAACAUUAUCUGCGGUAUCACAUCAGUGGCGUUCUCGAAGAGCGGUCGCUUACUGUUAGCGGGUUACGAUGAUUUCAAUUGCAACGUAUGGGAUACAAUGAAAGCAGAGCGAUCCGGAAUUUUAGCAGGUCAUGAUAAUCGUGUCUCAUGUCUCGGUGUGACCGAAAAUGGCAUGGCUGUUGCAACGGGAUCAUGGGAUUCGUUUUUGCGUGUGUGGAAUUAAAGCGUUUGCGAUUGUACGUUACCCCGCCAUAAGUGGAAGAUAUGUGGAUGCAAAUGCGGACGGAGUGGAUUAGGAAUAUGAAGAGAGAAAUAUAGCGAUAGUGAGUUACACCUUAAAUUGCAUUCGCUUUCCACAACUCACCUAGUGAUCGAAUAACGUGCACCAUCGUAAUACGGCCACUUCCCACGCUGUAACUCCCCAUUAUCCUCCAUUUUCGGCAGUAUAUUUAAAAAUUUACAUACAGUACACAAAACAUUCACUAGUAUACACGCAAAAAAAAAUAUAUAAACACUCGAACUAUCGAAAACCCGGGAAAGGGACACGGGACAGGGGACACUGGACAUAAGACGGAAGCAUAUGCUGACACACGCAUACGAUUUAUAUACAAGCUUACAUUAAACAAAUUAUUUAUAUAAAUUAUAUACAUAAAAUCAUAUAAGUUAAAAGUAAUGUAAAACUGAUAUAAAGUAACGAGACCGAUAAAAUAAUGAGAAAAAUUAACCAAACGCAACAGAAACAAAGCCAUUAAGUAAAAUUUGCAGAGACAAAACAAAAAAAUAAAAAUAUGAUUAUGAUGUCACAGUAAAAGAAUACUGAAUAUAUGUAUGUAACAGAAUAUCAGAGAAACAAAGCACAGAAGCCCUGAUAAAAGCGAAGGCUUUAACUGAGUUAAAUCACAGCGAAAUCUGUUGAAAACGCAUUUACAAAACCACAGCAAGAAAAUUAAGUCGAAAUAUUAUAAGGGGUAAAAAAUUGUAGAAGUAUAGUAAAUAAUACUUGGAAUGAAACCCAAUAAGAUAUAAAAAUUUCUCUUAUUAAGUUUAAGCCCUAAUUUAUAUACAACUCAAAAUUACAAAUGAUCAAGAAAUUAAUAAAAAAGUAAACGAAUAAAUUUUAUAUAUGGCCAUAUAAGCUAUGUAGCAGCAGCUAAAAUCAUACUUACAUACACAAAACGUAAAAAUAAUGAGAAAGUUAGGAGAAAACUAAAUUUAAAUAAAAGAGCGUAAAAUAAUUUGUAUAUUAAAAUAUAAACAGUACCGGUAUCAGCCGUAGAAAUAUUACGCCGUUCAUACCGCUAGAAUAACAUACAUAUAUGUGUGUCACACAAUUGUGCGAGAACAAAAUUAAUUUAAAGUAUUAGAAGAAAAAAUUAUGGAAAAUAAUAAACCGAUAAAGAGAGCAUUAUUAGCAUCGGUAAUAAAAAAUAAUAAUAACAAAUUAGCAACAUAAAAGCAUUGAUAUAAUACAAAUCAGUUUAAUAAACGUGCAUACCCCACAUGUACUGAAUUCAUAUAUGUAUAUGGCCUCUCUUACAUUACCAUUUCAACGCGGUACGAGGGGAUAUUUAAUAAAAUAAGAAGGAAUAGAUGUUAAAUUGACUUUGUUACUCGUACGAAGGAAGCAAACAUCUUUUAUUAUUAUAAUAUGAUUGCAAAAAAAGAUGAAAGGAAGGCAUUAUCUAAAAAUAUGAUUUUUUUGUUUGAGCUUGCUGUGAUUUGUAAAUGUAUGGGAUGCAGAAACAACAAAUAUAAAAUUAAAAAGUGAAGAUGAAACAUUAAAUGUGAGAAACCUUUGUCAAAACAACAACAUGGUCACAUGUCAAUAAUGUAAUGUUAUCACAUCUUUAUAAGAAGUUAGGAUUUCACUUAACAUGAAAAAUAUUUAUAUCUACCAUAUGGAAAUGCGUCUUUAAAAAUUUUUCAAAAUUUUUAGUCCCCGUACUUGUGCUAACAUACUUUGAUGUGUUCAUAAAACGUUGCUACACUGAACCACAUACAAAAAUACAAAACAUACAUAUACGUACAAAGUAGUUGCACUUGGCGCAAGUACCGUAUUGCAUUUUAUUACUUCAAAACUUUAAAUAUAGGCAAAAGGGUACAGUAGUAGUACAUACGAUUUAGAUUUUGUUAUGGAUCUAUUCUAUUUACGUAUUUCGUUGCCCAAUUCAGUUACUUGACUCGUUUACAAUCAUUCAUAUAUACAUAAAACAAACUUUGGUAUGAGCUACAAAUCGACUUUUAAGCACAAAAAAUUACCUAUUUUAAGAUAUAACAACAAAUUGUACAAACUCUGUGGCAUAAUUGCUAAGAAAUUUAAUAAAUUAUUCAACCGAUUUUACCAAAAAUUUAAUACUUACUCAACUUUUACAAACGCACACAUAACACUGAAAACAAUCGCAAAAAAUAUAUUUAAAGAAUUAUCAAAUAAAACGCACACAUUUAUUUUUAUUCUAUCUAAUGUUAUUUAUUUAAAGAAACAUACCUAUGAGUUGAAACUGAUUAUAAUUGCAAUUAACAUUUUAUUGCGAACACUAGCUUGUGUAGAAUAUAUUUCUUUGUAUGAUAAAAUGAAAAUAAAUUUACUUUAUUUGUUAAUUUCUAUAUAAUAGAAUUACGUACAUUUAUGAACAAAGAAUACUUAUAUAUUGAGUGUAUCCUAUUUGAAGCUCAUACAGAAUUAUUGACGACGACGAAAUAAUCCACAAAUAUAUUUAGAAGCAUCAGUGACUCCUAAACUUAUAUAAUAUAUAGUUAUGUUUAACGUGAUCCUAUUUUGUCAUUUAUAUAAAAUAAUUGGAAUAUUCAUAUGUUUUCAAUUAUUGUUUCAUACACAUAUGUAUGUAAUUGUUUUUUAUUUUUAUUUUGUUUUAUUUUUUAUUUAAAGUUAUACUGUAUUAAAUUGAGCUUUAAACAUUUUUAAACGUA